AGGAGGGGAGGAUGAAAAUUUAAAAAAGGAAAAGUUUAGGGUUUUUCUUUUCUUUUUUUCUUUUCUAAUCUCGGCAAUGGCAGACAUAAGUAAGUACUUUCAAAACUCCAUUUUGAAUGAAACUUAGAAGAGCAAAGUCAUCUCCUUUUCCUUCAAUUCUUCUGUUUGCAAAAACCCCAUUUUGAAUUCUCAACGAAAUUCCUUUGUUCAAGCCUCUUGAAAACCCCCGAAGUCGGGAUUUUUAUUCACAGCUGCUCAAAGCUUUUUCAACAAUGGUAGCAGAAACUUGGAUACUCAAAAUGGGAAACCAGGUCAGUUCAAAUCUCAAACACGCCUUCCUCCUCGACCUCACUUCCAGAAAAAAGAAAACCCAGACCCACCCGGCUUCCAAAAGACACGAAACGAUCGGAAUCUUGUCUUUUGAAGUCGCCGGUGUCAUGUCCAAAACCGUCCACUUCCACAAAUCCCUGUCCGAGCCCGAGAUCUCAAAGCUCAAAUCCGAGAUCUUGAAAUCCCCAGGCAUUUCAAACUUAAUCUCAGCCGAUGAAGAUUACCUUCUUUCACUCGCUUUAGCUGAAAAACUAGAUGAAUUGAACAGGGUUGCCAAUGUUGUGUCUAGGCUAGGCCAAAAAUGUAACGAACCGGCUCUGCAAGGUUUCGAACAUGUUUUUGGAGAUAUUACGAAUGGGGUUAUUGAUGUUAGAGAAUUGCGGUUUUUAGUUAAAAACAUGGAGGGGAUGGUUAGAAAACUGGAGAGGUAUGUUAAUUUGACUGCAAAGUUGUAUAGUGAAAUGGAGGUCCUGAAUGAAUUGGAACAGAGUACUAAGAAGUUUCAAGCAAACCCUCAUGAGGAAAGUAAGAGAGCUUUCGAGCAGAAAUUGAUUUGGCAGAGACAAGAUGUUAGGCAUCUUAAGGAUGUUUCACUUUGGAAGCAGACAUUCGAUAAGGUUGUCGAGCUGUUGGCUAGGACUGUUUGCACUAUUUUUGCUAGGAUUCUUGCUGUUUUUGGGGAAUCUGCUUUGGGGAAAGAUGGUGAAUGUGGGAGGAUCGGGCGGUUUUCGGAUCGAGUAGAAGUUGUUUCUAGGCAUUCGAAACAGAAUCUCAGUAAGAGUAGUAGUGUCGGGAGUGAUCAGCCGGGGAAUGUAUCGACUGGUGUGGUGGAGAAAAGGGGAGUGAGUUCAAAGAAUCGGGGGAUUGAUUCGCGGAAGGGUGAAAUUCGGUUGAGUAGGAUGGAGGAUAUCAGUUUUCCUUGUGGGACUACUCCGGGGAGACUUUUCGUUGAUUGCCUUAGUUUGAGUAGUUCAGCUUUGAGGCACGUUGAUGAUGAUCGGAGUGUUGAUUAUGAUGACCAAAGUAGACGGAUUCCGGGUUGUUGUAGUAUUGCAAAUGAAGGGCUGAAGAGCGAACGGCCGAAUCGAUCUCCGCCCUUUUGUUUGGCCCAUCUUAAUGAUCCUCUGAAUGGAAAUCACAAACAACCCAACUGUGGCGUGUUGAGUAAUGCUCAAUUUGGUCCUAAAAGUAGGUUAGCUUCAUAUGCUACACCAUCCACCAUUGGAGGUUCGGCUCUUGCCUUGCACUAUGCUAACGUAAUAAUCGUCAUCGAGAAGAUGCUGCGGUACCCUCAUUUGGUAGGUGAAGAAGCUCGAGACGAUUUGUAUCAGAUGUUGCCAACAAGUUUGAGACUGUCUUUGAGGACUAAUCUCAAGUCCUAUGUCAAGAAUUUGGCGAUAUACGAUGCUCCGUUGGCUCAUGAUUGGAAAGAAACUCUGGACGGGAUAUUAGGCUGGCUCGCCCCACUGGCACAUAACAUGAUCCGAUGGCAAAGCGAGCGGAAUUUCGAGCAGCAGCAAAUCGUUACUCGGACUAACGUUCUCCUUCUCCAGACAUUGUAUUUUGCCGAUAGGGAAAAGACCGAAGCAGCCAUCUGUGAGCUUCUCGUGGGGUUGAAUUAUAUAUGUCGUUACGAACAUCAGCAAAACGCGUUGUUGGAUUGCGCUAGCAGUUUCGAUUUCGAGGACUGCGUGGAGUGGCAAUUGCAAAGCGGAAAUUCUUAUCUUAAUUGAUUACAUUGUUGAAAUUACCAUGAAUACAUGUAGAGCCAUGUAGGGUAUUUUUCUUGAUCCUCGUAGUCGCGUGAAGACGGACGGAGGUUCAACAAAAUACUUACACAUGAAAGGCGUUUCGUAAUCGAAGCCUGAAGUAUUGUAGUGACUUAUAGUUCUGUAGUUUGGAUUGCCAUUGUGAGGACUGAUGGUGCAUGAUCGAUGUUUCUUAGUCGAAAUAGACAUUUCAUCGUAUUCCUAGUUGUUUUCGGUUCGACAUUUGGUUCGACUCGAUGACACGAAGGGCUCGACAAUAACUAUAAAACUGGUGUUCCUGAAAAGUUAGCAUCAAAGUAGCAUGCUGUCCCUUAAAGGAAGGAGACAAUGAAAGUGCCCGAAGCAUGCACGAAGCAUGGCAUCAUUGGUUUUAAGCACUCCUGGAAUUUGCAUUCUUUCUUUAUUUAUGUGGAUCAAUU